GUCGAUGCAACAAACUCCCCGUAAAACAUAACAUAUCACAUCACAUUUUAGCCGUCGAUAUAAAUUUAUUAUCCAAAUCUCUUCUUCUCAUGAAUCUCUUUUCGAAAUUCAAUUCGAGAGUAGAAAGUAGAAACCCUUAAAAGGGUGAAACGAGAGAAAUAGUCAAAAAGCACGAGAUUUUUAGAUAUGUCCAACCAAACCAGCUCUCCAAGAAGCUGAAGAAGACGAAGAAGAAGAGGGUUUUAGAUCUUCUUCACUCACUCCAUCAAUACACACACCUCUUAUCUCUACCAACACCAGGUUACUGUAUAAAAUACUGUGAUGGAAAACGGUGUUGAGAAUAUUGAUAGAGUAGCGCUUCCUGAAGAAGAAAUAACAAAGACGGCUGAUGGAGGAAUUUCUCAGUUGAAAUUAGUAGAUAAUGUUGUUCAGGUUUUUCAUGAACCGACUGAAACUGAAGUGGAUGCUGAUGUAAUUGACGAGAACGGAGAUGGUGAGAGUAUUGAUAUUGAUGAUAAACCUCUUCCGGUAGUGGAAACAAAGACAGCUGAUGGAGGUGUUUCUCAGUUUAUGGUAGCAGAGAAUGUUAUUGAAGUGUUUCAUGAAAGACAUGUUUCAGAAGGGGAUGAGGUUUUUGAAGAGGCGAUAGAUGGUAGUCCUGAAGAGGUAAAUGUUCAACAAACACCGCAGUCAGAUGAGGCUGUUGAUAUCGGGGAUGGGAGUGUAGAGAAGAACAGGGAUUUGAAUGUGUUGGAAGUUGAUGAAAGUCCUAAUGGAGAUCAUACAGUUGAGAAGUUUGAGGAAGCUAUUGAUGUCGGCUCUCCUUCUAUAAGUGCAGUUUCUGAGGUGGAAGAGCUAAAUGUUCCUGAAGAAAAGAAGGAAUUGUUGGUGGAACCAGAGAUAGUGGAGGAAGUUAUGGACGACCACAGUCAUCUGAAGGAUAUUCUGACAGAUGAACCAAAUGUUGUUGAAGAAGAUGUGAAGGAAGUAUCUGAGGUGACAGAUGAUGAAGAAAAAAAGCCUUUGAAUGAUGUCAAAGAUUUGAAUGUUAGUUGUGAUGCCAUUGUCCAUGACAAGUCUGAAAACGGGGAUGUGGAGAAGCCUCCUGUUACAAAAUCUUUGGAUGCUGACCAUGUAAAUUUUGACGGGUCUGAUGUUUCUCAUGGAAAUGAGCAGAUUGUUCGUGAAGAUGACAGAAGUUGGGAGGUCAAAGAUACCAUGGCUUACGAGGAUACUUCUGUCAGUCAUGAGAAGGAGAUUUCGGAAAUAAAAAGCAUUACAUCCAGCAUUGGUGAUUCCGUCAGUGACGCGACAGAGGCUCAAGAAGGUCCUCUUGAAGUGGAAAAUUUCCCUACUGUUGUAGAUACUAGAGCCGACGAAGUAGAAUCUGACACAAAAGAUGGCGAGAAUUCUGGGACUAAGCAUUCAGUUCAGAGUAAUGAGGAAGCUUCUAACAGCCAUGCCGUCCUUGAGGGGUCUUUAGGGCAUGAAACACAAAAUGAGCCAGAGAAAGAAAGUCUUCAGACUAACAAUUCCAGUGAGGUCAAUAUGGCAAAUGAGGCAAAUACAGAACCCGAGGUUAAAAAUCUCGCAGAGCAUGGAGUUGAGAAUGAUCAAGAGAAACAAGACUCUGACGUUAAAGCUUUCAGUGAGUCAAGUAUAGCCGAGGAGGAGACAAAACUUGUGGUCUCACAUCCAGAAGAAGAUGGUGCAGAAAUUGAGCAAGUGAAGCAAGACCCUGAAAUUAAAGAUUUAAGUGAGUCUAGUAUGGUGGAAGAGGAAGAAAAAAUUCAAAGUGCGGUUGAAGAAUCCAAAGAGGCAAGUACAGAAAAUGUACAAGAGAAACAAGACCUUAAUACUACAGAGUUGGGCCAGUCGAGUAUUGCUGAAAUGGGAACAAGGGCUCUGGUCAAAGAUGUCGAACAGCAUGAACAAGAUAAGAAGCAAGAGAAAGAAGAUUCUACUCCAUCAACACGUCCUGCUGAUCCUGUUCAUCCAGCUCGUGCUGCCGAACCUGUACUUCCCGCUCGUGCUGCCAACCCCAUACUUCCCACUCGUCCUGCCAACCCUGUUCUUCCCACUCGUUCUGCCAACCCUGUUCUUCCCACUCGUGCUGCCGACCCUGUUCUUCCCACUCUUCCUGCUGACACUGUACCUCCUGCUCGUCCUGCUGGCCUAGGAAGUGCAGCUCCAUUGUUGGAGCCUACUCGUGCACCUCAGCAGUCUCGGGCGAAUGGAGCUACACCACAGAGGCAGGCACCGCUUGUUGAAGACCCUGUGAAUGGUGAGGCGGAAGAGAAUGAUGAGACACGUGAAAAACUCCAGAAUAUUAGGGUGAAAUUCUUGCGACUUGCACACCGGCUUGGGCAGACUCCUCACAAUGUUGUAGUAGCUCAGGUGCUGUACAGGCUUGGACUAGCUGAGCAGCUUCGAGGGAGAAACCAAAGUCGUGUUGGAGCAUUUAGCUUUGACCGAGCAAGUGCCAUGGCAGAGCAGCUCGAGGCAGCUGAUCAGGAACCUCUUGAUUUCUCUUGCACGAUAAUGGUUCUUGGAAAAUCUGGAGUGGGUAAAAGUGCAACUAUCAAUUCAAUAUUUGAUGAAGUGAAGUUCAACACAGAUGCAUUUGAAAUGGGUACGAAGAAAGUGCAAGAUGUGGUGGGAACAGUCCAAGGUAUAAAGGUGCGGGUGAUUGAUACACCUGGCCUUCUACCAUGCUGGUCAGAUCAGCGACAGAACGAGAAGAUCCUCCAUUCUGUCAAACGGUUUAUCAAGAAGAAUCCACCAGACAUUGUUUUGUACCUUGAUAGGUUGGAUAUGCAAACCCGCGAUCUUGGUGAUAUGCCGUUGCUGCGUACUAUCACAGAAAUAUUUGGACCUUCGAUUUGGUUCAAUGCAAUUGUGGUUCUUACGCAUGCUGCAUCUGCUCCACCUGAAGGCCCGAAUGGAACUCCUUCUAGUUAUGAGAUGUUUGUCACUCAGCGCUCUCAUGUUGUUCAGCAAGCUAUUCGCCAGGCUGCUGGGGACAUGAGGCUAAUGAACCCCGUCUCACUAGUGGAGAAUCACUCGGCAUGCCGAACAAAUAGGGCCGGGCAGAGAGUCUUGCCAAAUGGCCAGGUCUGGAAGCCUCAUUUGUUGUUGCUCUCUUUUGCUUCUAAGAUUCUUGCUGAAGCAAACACACUUCUAAAAUUGCAAGACACUCCACCAGGAAAACCUUUUCCAACUCGGUCAAGAUCGCCUCCCUUACCAUUCCUCUUGUCAUCUCUUCUGCAACCAAGAGCACAGGUGAAACUGCCUGAUGAGCAGUUUGGCGACGAAGAUGGUAUUGAUGAUGAAUUGGAGGAGCCAUCUGACUCGGAUGAUGAGUCGGAUUAUGAUGAGUUACCACCAUUUAAGAGUUUGACGAAGGCCCAGCUUUCUAAGCUGAGCAAAUCUCAGCAGAAAUCCUACUUUGAUGAACUAGAAUACAGGGAGAAGCUUUUCAUGAAAAAGCAGUUGAAGGAGGAGAAAAGACGAAGGAAGUUAAUGAAGAAAAUGGAGGCUUCGGCCAAGGAUUUGCCGAAUGACUUCAAUGACAGUAAUGUAGAAGAAGAAAGUGGUGGUGCAGCUUCCGUGCCUGUUGCCAUGCCAGAUUUUGCCCUACCGACGUCUUUUGACUCUGAUAAUCCCACUCAUAGGUAUAGGUUCCUUGAUUCAACCAACCAAUGGCUUGUGAGGCCUGUCCUUGAAACUCAUGGCUGGGAUCACGAUGUUGGUUACGAGGGUAUUAAUGUGGAAAGGUUGUUCGUCGUGAAGGAAAAGAUACCAGUAUCUUUCUCUGGCCAGGUUACGAAGGAUAAGAAAGAAUCCAAUCUUCAAAUGGAGUUGGCUGGUUCUGUAAAGCAUGGGGAAGGAAAAUCAACUUCUCUAGGUUUUGACAUGCAGACGAUUGGAAAGGACAUGGCAUAUACUCUGCGCAGUGACACAAAAUUUUGCAAUUUUAGACACAAUAAGGCAGCUGCUGGUCUUUCAGUUACUCUUCUGGGUGAUGCCUUAACUGCUGGAAUGAAGCUAGAAGAUAAACUGAUUGUCAACAAAAGAUUCCGGUUGGUUAUGACUGGUGGUGCUAUGGCUGGUCGUGGUGAUGUUGCAUACGGUGGCAGUCUAGAGGCAACAUUGAGAGACAAGGAUUAUCCUCUGGGACGUGCUUUAUCAACACUUGGUCUCUCUGUCAUGGAUUGGCAUGGAGAUCUAGCAAUUGGGUGUAACAUACAAUCUCAAAUUCCUGUAGGUCGGAGUUCGAAUUUAAUUGCCCGUGCCAACUUAAAUAACAGAGGGUCCGGACAGGUAAGUAUUCGCUUGAAUACCUCAGAACAACUUCAGAUAGCACUAAUCGGACUGCUUCCCCUAAUUAGAAAGGUAGUCGGUCAGUAUCAGCAAAUGGUGCGUGGGGAAUGAGAUUUAUACACAGAAUGCUUUUUUGUUAGUUAUGGCUAUCUCGAGAUCAAUAAAAUCCUUAUGUCAAAAGAUUUGGCCAUUUGUCAAUGGAUGCAUCACAUCUGAGUGCAAUUAAGCUGCUGCUCUUGGUUCUCUUCUCUUUACAUUUUAAGAAUACUCCUUUGAUAUUAGUAGUUUCUUUUCGGACAUAUUUUUCUUUUAUUUGGUGAUUUCCUUUUGAGCUUCUGGUAUAGAUUCUGAGUACUGUACUGUGUUCCAAUACCUUUUUGAAGGAAAUAUUUUUUCUGUCAGAUUAGUUUCAAUUUUAUAAAUAGUAAAGAGAAGUUCCAUCUGCUGUUCA